AUGAAUACAACACUUCCGCCGCUACCCUCCCGACCCAACAGCAAAGUAGCCAAUGAAUACAAUUCAGAUGAAUUACCUACUCCAGCCUUGAUGCAUGGUGUGACUGCUUCAACCGGGAAUACAAUUCCAAUACCCAAGGCACAAGCGUAUAUCGCUAUUUUCGAGGAUGCACUUGACCAACUUGCAGUCCUCGGUGAUAUCACUCCGGAAGCAUUCAAAACUGACAACAAACAGAUAUCAGAAAAAAUCACUCGAAUUUUAUUUGAGCAGCGUGCAUUGCAAGAACGAUACCAGGAACUUUUGUUUGAACAAGAUCAACAGCGUACACAGUCCAACAAACCAAAGCUCAAGGAAAUUCAAACCACAAUUGCAGAUGUAUUUUCUCAGCUUCAAGCAAGUUUGGCGAGACAUUUAAAGGCCCACCCAAGCGUCGCACAGAACUUACUUAAAAUUCAACAAGAACGAACCGCAUUUCAGUCACUUUUAUUCCGAUUGAUUCACGAGUUGCGUGAUUCUCGUUUCGACUCUCUGAUUUUCACCGUCGAAGAAGAGUAUAAAAAACGAAAUGCUUUACAACACACAAUCAAUAGAGAAAAUGAUGCAUCGGAUAUGCUCAAAGAACUGCAGCGUGAUCUUGGUAACGAAAAAAAACUUAUUCAAGACGAAAUCACUGAUCGAAAUCAAGUUAUACAACAGCUUAAAGACACAAUUCAAGAAAUAAAUACACUUACGGCAUCUGAACAAAAAUACAUUAAAAAGGAAGUGAAAGCUCACGAAAACUCUGUACGGCUGCAGUGCCAAGAAAAAGAGAGUGAACUGGUCGAGGAAAAAAUGCUGCUACGGAAAAGGCUGAAUCAAGAACGAUUAGCACAUCAAAAAAUAGUCGAGUUUUUGAACCAUCAGCGAAAUGCACUGGAAAAGGAAAUUCAGGAAUGGAUGAUCAGAUACGAAGAAGACACCGAAGCAAAAAGCGUAGAGCUGGAAGCUUUAAAGCAAAAACGAUCGCAAGAUUUAGAUCGGUUUGAAGAGCUUGUUGUUGCAUACGAAGCGCUUGAAAAAAUAGUCGAUGAAGAUAAGCUUGUAAGAGCCAAAGAGAUUGAGGAACAGAAACGACAACAGACCUAUACUGCUGCAUGUGUCAAGAUUCAACGUUGGUUUCGUAAACGCAAGCAAUUACGCACACAGCAAACGGCAGCCAAGGCGCCAGUUAAACAAGCCAAAGCAGCCAAAGCAAAAAGUAAAGGCAAGAAAAAGUAG